AUGCCAUCCUCUCGACUCAGUCCUGCCAUGGUUCAACAAUUGCACCUGUCAUCUGCAUACGACCUGAUCAGGGGCCAUCUUCUGGACGCUGUUCAAAUACUCGACCAGCGCAAAAGAUCUGGCAAAACUUUGAGUGUAGUUGACUACAGCCUCAUACUUGGAUUUGCGCGUUGGAUCGGCCUGAGAGAUGUCGCAGAAACGUUCUGGAAGUCAAUGCAGACCGAUAAUGUCGUACCGGAUCUCAAGUGCUACAACAACUAUUUGGGCGCUAUUGUGUCGAAUCUCCGUCAUGACCCCGAUGUUAGGCAUAGCCAUCGAGUGACUAACUUCAGAAUCGGAGCGCGCUCUCAGCCAAGUCCUAGCGCAAGACACGCAGGUUACCAUUUCGGCAAUGGAGGCAUCAAAGAAGGCGUGCUGGAACUCCACCGCGAGAUGCUGAAGAACGAAAUCGUGCCAGACGAGGAAACAUUUCGUCUUCUCAUCCUUGGUGUUGGCCGAGAAGGGGACCUUGAUACUGUUAAGAAGCUCCUGAGGCAAGUGUGGAAAGUCGACGUGGAUGCUAUUGUUGGUGGCUUGAAAGAUGGUCAACAGAAGCAUGAGCUUGAAAUUCCGCCGACGUCUCCCCUCUACCCAACUCCCUUCUUGAUUUAUGCCGUCGCUCAUGUUUUCGGCAUCAACAACGAGAUUCCAGCAGCCUUACGACUUGUUGACCAUAUAUCGCAAACCUACAACGUCAAGGUUCUUGACCAUGUCUGGCAUGAGUUGUUCAACUGGACCUUUGUACUUUCUCUGCCUCGCCAAGCAUCGAGAGAAGAACAAGCCAUCUUGCCCAAGGGUAGUGUACACAAGCUGUGGGAGGUCAUGCGAAACGAACCUUACAACGUACGUCCGACACUAGACGUGUACGACAAACUGAUCAAGAGCCUCUUCCGUCAACAGAGGACCCGAGACAUGUGGCACUAUAUGUGUGAAGCAUUGCCAUUGUACGAAGCAAUGCGUAAAGAGACCCGGUAUCUGAACAAGGCAUUGCAUAGGGUUCUCAAACAGUCCGAGCCUGUCGGAACACUGCAGCAGAAGUACGACCGCAGCAGAUUCAACGAAAAGGCUUCCCGUUUGUUCUUCAAGCGCUGGGCUCGUCUCCUGCUAGGAAGCAUGCACUCAUGGCGCAGAGUCGAUGGAAGUCUUCGAUGGAGCACAAGAUUGAUACCCAAGAUUGUUCUUGAAUGGAAAGAGUUCAUGCCUAGCAACGUGUGGUAUGACAUUCCUGCAGGCAGAGUGAGCAUAGCCUUCCGUACGAACCAGGAGAAAGAGGUGUAUCAGGAAAGGAUCAUGAAUGCGAUGGACACGAACGACAGGAUUGCGAGCAAACACAAACAUUUGCCAGCACAAGAUGGCAAUCGCUACGUGUUGACACGUCGCCAACAAAGGGUGACUGCUCAACGUGGACAUAGAUCCAUGGACCAAUAG